AUGGUCGUCUCGUCUAUCCUGUUAUUGUUCGUACUGACUGCUGGAAACAAACAACUCUUGUGCAAUGGACUAAUUGCACCAGACCAAGUUCCUCACAGUUUGCGCCAAUCCAUUGCAAGCAAGCAAGCCUCACUGCCCCUUCAUGUCUUUGGGUCACCGAUAUCUGAAAACGACAAGAAUGACAUUGUUCCAGAUUUCGAUUCCGAAGAAAUCUUUGUGAUUACGUUCCCACCGAUAACGAUAGCUGCAGCAUUUCUAACGUAUGAUGAUGUAGCAAAGUUGUUUGAUGACUUUGUUGUGAAGGCAUCUGGAAGGACAUUUGAAUUCGUCGAUGGUGGAGCGGAACUAGACAGCUUACUCAAGCCUGCGUUGACAGGUCCAAUUAGUGGGCUCGUUUCAAUCCUUUUCAGCACGAUUGUAGCCACUACCAUUGGAAAGUUGUUUGAUAGAUACGAGGCAAUGACAAUGGAAGUUGCGAAUAUCCUAGACGAUCUUCAACUCUUGUCACUACACACCAACUUCUUUCCUUCCAAGUACAAGAAGUCCAUGAGAAAACUAAUCAGGAAAUUCACGGCAAAUUUCAAAUCAGCAUGCCUCGACCCUUCAACGUCUGCAGAGUUGAGGCAACAGCUAAACGACGAAAAUCAGAUUAUUCUAGGAGACAUGAUGAUCCAGCUGCAUGAAUUCAACCAAGAUGGAGAAGUUGAAAAGAAUGAUAAGGCAAUGGACGAGGCAUACGAGCGUUUAAAUGAAGUCAUCAAACGUCGAACGAAUUUGGAGAACUUAUACGAAGCAUGCUUUCCCGUUUGGCACUAUGGAAGUAUUUGUAUACUUGGACUGGGCAUUUGUUUGAUCUUUUUGAUCCUUACAGACAAACCGGCACUUUUAAUGUUGGGCGAUUUCCAGUUGCGAUUAUGCUGGUCGAUUCUUCUAGGCAGUUUUUCCAUGCUGACGGUAACGAUCGUUGAUCUUAUAACUCCACUGCAAGGAGGAUAUAAGAUUCGGAUGGAACCCCACCUCAUAGACGAGAAACAAGGUUAUUUGGAUGACGACGAAUAA